CCGUCGGUUCCGCGGCCGUCCCCCGGAUCGAUCACCGUGAUUGAUGAUAAAACACAGCGUUAAUCGGUUCAAACGGGAACGACUGAUCCUCGGUCUGGGUGUCUGCGUCUGUGUGGUCGCGCGGAAGUGGGAUGCGUUGCCUGGUAACAGAAACGGGAGCGAGGAGGAAAACAGGCCAACCGUUCCUCUGAGUGAUCAUCUUCAGCUUCAACGGUGUGGCCUUGAGUGGAGGAUGUGCCUGUAGACAGCGCUGAGGGUGAAGCAGCCAUCAUGCCGUGUUCAUGUUCAGAGUGGAGGAGGUGGAUCCGUCCUCUGGUUCUGGUUCUCUACGCUCUCCUGCUGGUGGCCGUGCUGCCGCUCUGCAUCUGGGAGCUGCAGAAAGACAAGGUUGGGACUCACAGUAAAGCCUGGUUCAUCGCUGGUAUCUUCGUCUUUCUCACCAUCCCCAUCUCACUGUGGGGGAUCCUGCAGCACAUCGUACACUACACCCAGCCGGAGCUGCAGAGGCCGAUCAUCAGGAUAUUAUGGAUGGUACCGAUCUACAGCUUGGACAGUUGGUUGGCUCUACGGUAUCCCAGCCUGGCGAUCUACGUAGACACGUGCCGAGAGUGCUACGAGGCCUAUGUCAUUUACAACUUCCUGGUCUUCCUGUUGAACUUCCUCAGUAACCAGUACCCCAGUUUGGUGCUCAUGUUGGAGGUCCAGCAGCAGCAGCCACACCUGCCCCCCCUCUGCUGCUGCCCGCCAUGGGCCAUGGGAGAGGUGCUUCUGUUCAGGUGUAAGCUGGGAGUCCUCCAGUACACUGUGGUCAGACCUGUGACCACGGUCAUAGCGCUGAUCUGUCAGCUCUGUGGGGUUUACGAUGAAGCCAACUUCAGCUUUAAAAAUGCCUGGUCCUACCUCGUCAUCAUCAACAAUAUAUCACAGCUGUUUGCCAUGUACUGUCUGGUGCUGCUGUACCGAGCCCUUAAAGAAGAACUGACUCCCAUCAGGCCUGUGGGCAAGUUCCUCUGCGUCAAACUGGUGGUGUUUGUCUCCUUCUGGCAGGCAGUGUUGAUAGCUUUCCUUGUGAAAGUGGGCGUUAUCUCGGACAGACAUACCUGGGACUGGGACAGCGUGGAGGCCGUGGCUACUGGACUCCAGGACUUCAUCAUCUGCAUAGAGAUGUUCCUGGCUGCAAUCGCUCACCACUACACCUUCACAUAUAAACCAUACGUACAGGAAGCAGAGGAGGGGUCGUGUUUCGACAGCUUUUUGGCCAUGUGGGAUUUCUCUGACAUCAGAGCUGAUGUCACAGAGCAGGUCCGCCAUGCUGGUCGUACCUUCCUGGGUCGUCCAAACAAGAUGUACUUUGGUGCUGCAGCUCGACCCGAACACACCGAGCACACCGGCCUCCUCAACGCCACCUCUCAGGACGCCAUCGCCGCAGCCGCCACAUCAAUGCCCGCCUCCCCCUCUUCAAUUGGGCGGUACCAAGGCCUCGGCCACACCCCUGCCCCUCACUCUAUCUCCGCCCCUGCAGGCUUCACCUCCUCAUCCUGGGAGGACGACAGCGACAGCUCACCUCCUGAGCCCGGGAACAACCCUGGAAACACGUAACCAGGAGGAAGUUCAGCUUUAUUUUGACGUGCUUUAUGGAAAUGGACAAAAACGGUCAGAAUUCAAUGAUCAACGUUGUCUCCAAAGUUUGUGACUGAGUUUGUGACUGAAGUUUGUCAUGGAGGGAUUUUAUCAGGACUACAGGAUGACUCUACACGCUGUGAUGUCAAAGCCAUGUUUGUUAAGAAACAGUUGUUUAAACCUGUAUUUUGAUGUCUAAUGAUGUCAUUUUGAUGAAUGUGUCUAGCUGUUGAGUAGAAGUGAUGUUUUAUGGAGAAAUGAAGCAGCGUGUUGGUUUCACUGACGCCACAGAGCUCAGGAGGCCUUGAGCUGGGUUUGAUUAUUUGUUCUUCAAAAUAA